UCACAUUCCUUGUCCUCGCACAUUUCUCCAUCUCACAAGCGCAAAGUCACAGCCAUGUAUAGUCUAAGAAGGAGAACAAAGCUCUUGCUAUUAUUGCUUCCUACUUCAGUCUUCAUCCUCAUCCUAUUCUUUUCACAAAGCCACUUCACAAAUAGCCCCAAACCCACAAAAGAAUUUAUCAUCCAUGUCCAGAAGCACAACCAAGUAGCCCACUCAACAUGCCAAAACACACUCUACAAAGAUCUCUGCGUCUCGACCCUGACCUCAUUCCCGAACCUGAGCUCGAAAUCGGUCCCGGAAAUCAUAUCCUCCACCGUCAACAAGACCAUGUACGAGGUCAUAGCCUCGAACUCCAACUGCACCAGCAUCAAAAAGCACACCAAGACCAAGCUCGCCGCCGGUCAGCAGCAAGCUCUCGACGACUGUCUCGAGCUCUUCGACAACACCAUUGCCGAGCUCAAGGCUGUCAUGUCGGAACUCAACUCCAAGAAGUCGCCGGCGGCCAAGCACUACAACCACUUGAGGACUCUGCUCAGCGCCGCAAUGACGAACCAGUACACGUGUCUCGAAGGGUUUGAUUCCAGCAGUAGUACGGCGAAAGCUGUGAAGGAUGAAUUGGAGAGCAGAUUGAAUACUACCUGCAAGCACGUUAGCAAUGCCCUUGUGAUGCUCAAGAAGAUUCCGGGAGUGGUUGAACAUGAGACUGACGAGUACGGACCCAUGAAAAAGGGGUUCCCUACAUGGGUCGGAUCCAAAGCUCGAAAACUGUUGCAGACUAGUUCGGCAAAUCAGACCCAGUUUGAUCUGGUGGUGGCGAAAGACGGUAGCGGAAACUUUACCACCAUCACCGACGCAGUGGCUACGGCUCCAAAUUCGAGCGCAACCAGGUUUGUCAUAUACAUAAAAGCUGGUGCGUACUUUGAGAAUGUAGAGGUUGUGAGCAAGAAGAAGAAUUUGAUGUUUUUGGGAGAUGGGAUUGGAAAGACGGUUGUGAAAGCGAGUAGGAACGUUGUCGACGGCUGGACUACUUUCCGAUCGGCCACCGUCGCCGUGGUCGGAGGAGGGUUCAUAGCCAAAGGCAUAACCUUCGAGAACUCAGCCGGACCAAGCAAGCACCAAGCCGUAGCCCUCCGCUCCGGCUCGGACCUCUCCGUCUUCUACCAAUGCAGCUUCGUCGGCUACCAAGACACUCUCUACGUCCACUCCCUCCGCCAGUUCUACAGCGAAUGCGACGUCUACGGCACCGUCGACUUCAUCUUCGGCAACGCCGCCGUCGUCUUGCAGAACUGCAACCUCUACGCGCGAAAGCCCAACGAGAACCAGAAGAACAUCUUCACCGCCCAGGGCCGCGAGGACCCCAACCAGAACACCGGAAUCUCCAUCCUCAACUGCAAGGUCACCGCCGCGUCCGACCUCAUUCCGGUCAAGUCCACGUUCAAGACGUAUCUGGGCCGUCCGUGGAAGGAGUACUCCCGGACCGUUUAUCUCAGGUCGAGUAUCGACGACGUGGUGGACCCCGCCGGCUGGUUGGAGUGGAAUGGCACGUUUGCGCUGAGCACGUUGUAUUAUGGAGAGUAUUUGAACCGGGGAAACGGGUCGGAUACGAGCGCCAGGGUGACGUGGCCGGGUUAUCGGGUUAUUAAUAGCUCCACGGAGGCGAGUCAGUUCACGGUUGGGGCGUUUAUACAAGGAAAUGAGUGGCUCAAUUCUACCGGAGUUCCGUACUUUGCUGGUUUAACAUAAUGCCGGCGGCGACACUCAUUAAUUUCCGGUACCAACAUGGUUAAGAAGUGCCCCUAUUCUUAAAUAAUUGCAAUUACAUGAUAAUUAAGGUGCAUGAUUGAUAGGGUAAGAAAUGCCCUACGGCCCCUACUCGGAUAGAAUUUUAGGUACAUUUUCGAAAUUGAAAAUGAAUUAUAACUGUAUACUUUGUAGAAUUUUUAUUCGAAAAGUGAAAAUUAUAUCCGCGUACGUAGGGAUUGAAAUGCA